CAAAAGUAUAAAAAAUACAACUAUUAUAAUAAUUAUCAUUCAAAAUUUUAAAAGUCAUCUCCACUCAAUAUCAAAAAAUCCCUCGUGUUUCCAAUAUAAACAUCACAACUCCUUCAUGGUUCAUCUAAUAAAUUAAAAAAAAAUCUCUGGAGAAAAUAUCAAAAUCCGAAACAAUGUACUCUUCAUCCUCUGCAUCUAAACACCACGUUUCCGUCCCUAUCCUGCCCAUGCAACUCCUCUUUAUUCUCAGUGUUUUGUCCGUAGACCAGACCAGUGCAUUGAACCAGACUAAUGCGUAUCUUCACCACAAAUGCAUCAACAGUCAAGGGACAUAUAAUCCAGGAAGUCCGUAUGAGGUUAACCUAAAAAAUGUCAUCCCGGUUAUCUCUACCGCAAUAACCAACUACGGUUUUGUCCACAUCGACAGUGGUGAGGCUCCUAAUACCGUCUUCACCAAGCUUCAGUGUCGGGGCGACUCUGACAUCUCCACGUGCCGCUCUUGCCUCACCACUGCCUCAUCCGAGAUUCUUAAGAGAUGUCUGAAAACCAAGGGAAAAAUAAUAUGGUACGACAACUGUCUUCUGGAGAUUUCUCCCAUCAACACCUUAUUCAAGCUUGAUUACCAGAAUAAUUUUUAUUUAUACAAUUCGAAAGAUGCAAGCGGAGAUAAAGAACUGUUCAACAAAAAUACGAGGACUCUCCUUAAUGAGCUGAAAGAGAAAGCCAUUAGUAAAGAAAACAAUGCCGGCAAAGUUCAAUUCUUGUACGCGACGGGAGAGAGAAAUUUUGGGACGACGAAGUUGUACGCAAUGGUGCAGUGUACAAAGGACUUAUCGAUAAACAAUUGCAAUGUGUGUUUGAAUUGGAUUAUGGGGAAGCUUCCAAAUUGCUGCAACGGUAAACAAGGAGGAAGAGUUUUGAGUACGAGCUGUAAUUUUAGGUAUGAGCUUUACCCUUUUGUAAAGCCUCUUGUAAAGACUUAAAUACUAGAAUAAAUAUUAAAGGUAGUUCACUCUUUGUGAUUUAUUUUGUAUAACCCAUCUUUCUUGGACCAUUUGCAUUAGAUGUUAAGUUGUUAACCCAAGAUUAAAUAAACAACCGAUUAUUAUAAAGACAGGAUUGAUAAUUAGCUUAAAUUUAAAUCUUGGAA